CUAAAUGAUGCUGUCACACUGGCUCCAGCUGGGUCAUGUGCCCAUUCCUGACCAUUCACUGUGGGAAUGUGAUGUGGGAAUGGGCUCAGCCUAGAUGACACAGUCCCCUUCUGCAGAGGGACAGGUUCAUCCCAUGUGAUCUCAGGGACUGAGUGUGGAGGAAGAGGACUAUCCCCUAAGAUAUGAGGGUAUGGUCUCCAUAAAAUAGUGAAACAGAUGCUGUGAAACAAAAAUAUCCGAUGUCCAGUAGUUUGUCCUUUUGAAUGUGUCUUUUAUUAUACAAUGGCCUCAAAUUGUGAGUAUAGUGUGUAGGGAGCAGGCAAUUUGCCACUUGGUCUGGCAGCCCAGCAUACGUAACUUUGGAGGUGUUUUAGACCAAAGGUGGAUCUGCUAUGCUAUUGACUCAUCUCAAUAGCCUAUGAACAUGGCUUUGGAACAUAAGCCAUUUCAAGAUCAUAGCAAAGGACAAUGUGACCCAUGGCCAAGACAAAGCAUUGAGUUGCUGGAUGAUCCAGUGCUCCCCAACGUAGGCUGCUAUGUAAGCAGCAGAUACCAUCCCCUGGGCCCCAAGGCUUUCUGGCCCCUUCUCUCUUACCCCCUGAAGUUCAGUUGGUCUCACAGCUCUGCGUCAGCCUGGUCUGAGGAACAGUGGGGCCUCGGGUCAGGCUGUGUCUAGUGAUUUCAAUUCUGCCGUUGGCUGGAAUUCCAUCUGUCAGGAAAGUUUUGCAGUCAGCCAUUUGAUAGUGGAAGGGUUAGCCCAUGAAACUGGAUUUCCUGUGUAUCUGGAAAGAGGAGCAGCCCUGGAGAUCUGCAAUGCUCUGUGAAAAUUACGGGUUAGUUUCUGCUAUUGCUGGUUAGUUUCUGCUGAACCUAAUGCACUUCAACAUUUGGGGAUUAAAAAACUAGAGAAAAAUUUCUCCAUUUUUGUAUUAUGAACGUAAGUAACUUCAUGGCAAGAGAAUCUAAUCAACAUUAAGCUAUUUACUUCCCUCCACAGUAAUUUCCCCUCUGUCAAUGCACAGACAUGCAUUUGUACUUAGUUAUAAUUAGUGUGAACAUGCUCAGUUUCUGUUUUAAGAAAAGUUUUCUUUACCUUGGCGUUCAGGUUUGUUUUCAUAGGCGAAGAAAACAGUGAGAAGAGAACAAGGAGGAAGCUUUGCUGGAGAGCUGGGAGGAUUAUAUGCGGUCAUACUGCCCCACAGUUAUAGAGGCCUUAAAGGAGCCCGCACCCCUCUCCAUCUCUCUUACGAUCAUCCUUCUGCACUAACAGGCUCACCCGAGUCGCCUUUCCACUACACGGUCUGUCCAGAUCCGACUCCACGGCACCAAGGGUGGAGUCUUGCUUCUAAAGGAAGGAUGAAAUCCCAUGCUCCGGGUCUGCCGGGCUCACCUGUCUGCCUCGGGCUGGCACCGUUGCCUCUGCUUGACUGGGCCGUGGGCUCAGCUAACGGUGUUCCUCGCAGACAGAAAGCAGAAAUAGUGCAACUCUGGGACAGAACUCCGUACUCUUCCCCUUGAAUGUCUUUUUUUCUUAAGCCCCAUCCCACAGCAAUGCUUCCCAAUGUAUCAAAACAUAAAAUUGCCAGUCCCCGUUUUUUUUUUCCCCCUAAAGUUUGGAAAGUAGCCAUGUUAGGUUUAAUUAAAACCAGUAACUAUUUGUACAGUUGUCCCUGGGUUCAUGGCUCAUGAAAGGAUUUAGCUUCGACCUUGCUGCCUAAGUCUUUUGGGAGUUUCACACGAAACCAUUUGGGCUCCUCGCGUGGGCAGAGCCAGGCCUGGGCACCAGGGGCAGGCCGCGCCCCACGCGCUGAUGCCGCCUCAGUGACUAGGCCCUCCGCGCACACGGGCGCGGGACAAAGCAGAGAAGAGCCGAACUUUGAGACAAGUCCUUCUAGUUUUGUUUGGGUGAUGCGAGGCCUUGAAGGCUGCCCCAAGAAAUUUCUGAAAAUUCCCGUAGGGUUUGGGAAGGGGGCGGAGCAGGAGAAUCUGGCACAGUCUUCCUUUUGUGAGUUUUUCUAGGGCUCUUUGCACUUUCGCCCCCCGGGUGGGUCUUUCACGCCCCCAGCUCCCGGGCCUAAGUGGUCAUUGGCAGGCGCCCUUCAAAGGAGGUGGGGGCGGGGUAUCCCUGCUGAUUGAUGCGUCCGCACAAAGCAGCGCGUUUCCCCAUCAAAGCCCUAGAGAGGAGAAGGAGCAGCGCUCAGCAUUUGGCUCAUUUUCAAGUGCACACCGAGGAGCGCUUCAGGCAGCCCCGGGGUCAGCACAAGCCGAUUCGGACUUUCCAAGCCAGGGCAGGGGCCAGCGCAGGCCACUGAUUGAAGGCCGGGGCGGGGCCGGCCGCACAGGCUGAGAGAUUCCGAGGCCGAGGAGACGCGGGUUAAAAAAUGUGACCCUGGCGACCCCCGGAGCCCCCGCCUCUCUCGCGCCGCUCCACCUGCACGCGGCGCGCGCCGAGCCGCUGGCGGAGGCCAUGGCCAGCCCCGCGCCCUUAGUGGCCUCCAUCAGCCACCAAAUGGUGGCUCUGCAGACCCUGCAGCUACUGCAGCAGGAGUGGGGCUGGGGGGAUGGUCCGGGCACCCCUGGGAGCCCGCGGGACGCGGAUCACGUGUCGGCCGUCCCAGCCCGUCGCUCAGGCCAGUUGCGGGCUCGGCCCGGGCCCGGGCGCGAGGAGGGGCGCGGGGGCGUGGGGGGCAGGAACGGGGGUGCCAGGGUUCGGGCCGGCUCCCCUGAGGUGGAGGUGGUGCGGGGCGCCGAGGGGGGCGCGGAGCUGCUGCCCUUCCCCCGGGACCGCGGGCCCUGCACCCUGGCCCGGAUGGCGAUGCGCAGCGCGCUGGCGCGCGUGGUGGACUCGACCUCGGAGCUGGUCAGCGUGGAGCAGACGCUGCUGGGGCCCCUCCAGCAGGAGCGUUCCUUUCCCGUCCACCUGAAGGAUAGUGUUGAAUUUAGAAACAUCUGCAGUCAUUUGGCUCUACAGAUUGAAGGACAGCAAUUUGACAGAGACUUGAAUGCUGCCCACCAGUGUUUGAAGACAAUAGUCAAGAAGCUGAUUCAGUCACUUGCUAAUCUCCCUUCAGAUGCUCACGUGGUAGCUUGUGCUUCCUUGAGACAGAUUUUACAGAAUCUCCCAGACAUCUGAGUGUGAAAGACGUCGGGAUUAAAACCACAGCUAGCGCUGUUAAGAGGACUGGAUACCUUCCCUUCCUAAUUGAAUCCACAGACAAUAGAUGUUUUUAUUUCCCAAAAGGAGAGACUUACUGGCACAUGGAACAGUCUGACUAGUGGUAUUCAUAGCUUUCAGGAUUAUCGCAUGUUAGUGAAAAUUUUUUAAAGCAGUUAGUUCACAUUUUUUAGUAUGUUGGCUUAUUUGCUGACUUUUUGAUUGAAAUAUAUUCUACUUUGUGUAACUGAUUUGAUUACAUAUGUAUAUAUUUAUCAAUUCAUAGUAUUAGUUUUGAUUGAAUGAUACCUUAAUCUAUAUUCAUAUUAAUGUAGGCCUGUAAGGUUUAAAAUGACUAUUUAUAUGAUUAAAGCUCCAUGGUUCUUAAAAUAUCUUGAAUAAAUGGGCUAUUUGAUAAUUGCUAUGUUACUUACUGGAUACUUCAUUUUAUAUUAUGAGAAUGAUCUUUAGUUUUAGGGCCACGUGUGUCAGUAGUUAGGAGUUCUAAUUCUGGCAUUAAUAACUUACUGUUGGACAGGAAAAGAGUUGCUUCUAAACCUUGUCCUUUCAUGUACUGGAUUGUAAAUUUAAAAUGAUAAUGAGCUAUGAAGUACCAAGGAUAUAUGAUCUGUAAAUACAAAGUACAGUAUUAUUAAAGUUUCAUGUGGACAAAUCUAGCUCUUCUUGCUGUCUCUAAAUAUUCUGAUUGAAAUAGGAAAUUCUUGUGAAAAACAGGAGGGAGUGGAUAUACUGGCAGAUUUCCCUAACCAUUUAGAGCUGGAAAAAGAGAGGAUGAUUUCUUCCUCCUCCUUUUCCUCCUUCUUCUUCCUAUUCCCCCCUACCUCCGUUUUUCUAGAGGUUCUCUGAUUGAGAACCAAAGUAACAUGAAAUGCUAUUUUCCCUUAAAUUUUAAUAGGAACAGAAUUGGAUUUAGAAAAAAUGAUUACAGUGUAUAUGUGCAGCUAGUUUUGAAAAAGAAUUUAUAAACUGAGUCUGUGUGGUGAGAGUAUAUCUACUAUUUUUAAAAGUAUUAAUAGUAAUUAGAGUCUUUUUAAUCUCAUCUACUCCAAUUUUAGUUGGUUCCAAAUGUUUUCUUCCAGAGUUUGAGAAUGAAUGGUAAAUAAUUGUUUCUCUUUGGAUAUAACUAGCCAUUUCUAUAGAGGAGAAUUAAGUAUCCAAGACUGAAUUCUCACGGAGAAGUGGAUAGUGUGUU